ACACACACACACACACACACACAAACUCAGAGUCCCCACCUCAUACUUGAACCUCUGUUAUAUGGACUGUCAGCUGUCAGGAAGGCAGAAUCUCAUCUGUAGUAGGGCUGAUACAACCGGGAAGCAUGGUGAGAGGGGUACUUGUCGUUCCUCUGGGGCUGCUGGUUUGGUUCUGCUGUGGUUCCAUGGAUGCUGUGCAUGGGGGGAAAGUGUUGGUCAUGCCUGUGGAUGGAAGUCAUUGGCUCAGCAUGAAAAUUUUGGUGGAAGAGCUCUCCAGACGUGGCCACGAGAUGGUAGUCCUGGUUCCAGAGACCAGCAUCCUCAUCCGAGGCUCUGACACCUACACGACUCAGACCUUUCACGUCCCCUACACUGCAGAUGAGCUGAAUAGCAAUUUGGACAAACUAAAGGAAGGAGUGUUCCAGAAACCCGAGCUGUCGGACGUCGUGGUUAAUGUAGAGCGUCUGCUGAAUUUCACUACAAUGCAGGUGAAAGGCUGUGAGGGCCUCCUGUAUGACGAGCCUCUGAUGAAGCAGCUACGCGAGAAAGGCUUUGAUAUCCUGCUUACCGACCCUUUUCUGCCCUGUGGCUCUAUCAUUGCCGAUGCUUUCUCACUUCCUGCCAUCUAUUUCCUGCGAGGGAUUCCCUGUGGCCUUGACUUAGAUGCAGCCCAAUGUCCCUCUCCCCCUUCCUUUGUGCCUCGUUUUUUUACAGACAACACGGACGUCAUGAAUUUCCCACAGAGAGUGAAAAACAUGCUCAUGACUGGCGUGGAGAUUUACCUUUGUAAGAAACUUUUCGCUAGCUUUGAUGAACUAACUAAAAGGUAUCUACAGAAGGAUAUGACAUACAAAGAGCUCAUUGGCAAUGGUGCAAUAUGGCUGAUGAGAUAUGAUUUUACCUUUGAGUAUCCCAGACCAUUAAUGCCCAACAUGGUCCAGAUUGGUGGUAUCAACUGUGCCAAGAGAAAGGCUAUUCCAACGGAUUUGGAGGAGUUUGUGAAUGGGUCUGGUGAUGCUGGCUUUGUGAUCUUCACACUCGGAUCCAUGGUUUCACAAAUGCCCGAGGCUAAAGCUCGAGUAUUCUUCGAAGCCUUUAGACAGAUCCCUCAGAGAGUUCUGUGGAGAUACACAGGACCAGUACCAGAAAAUGCCCCAAAGAAUGUGAAAGUGAUGAAGUGGCUACCACAGAAUGAUUUACUGGCCCACCCCAAGGCAAGGGCCUUUAUCACUCAUGGUGGAACUCAUGGAAUCUAUGAAGGAAUCUGUCACGGGGUGCCUAUGUUGAUGAUCCCACUAUUUGGUGAUCAGGGUGACAAUGUACAGCGCAUGGUUUCCCGCGGCGUCGCAGAAUCCUUACGGUUUUAUGAUGUCACCACAGAAAGUUUGCUAGCAGCACUUAACAAGGUCAUCAACGAAAAAAGUUACAAAGAGAAAAUGACAAAGCUUUCCAAAAUCCACAAUGACCGUCCCAUUGAACCCCUUGACCUGGCAGUUUUCUGGACUGAAUUUGUCAUGAAACACAAAGGGGCAGAACACCUGAGGCCAGCUGCUCAUGAGCUGAACUGGAUCCAGUACCACAGCCUGGAUGUCAUUGGUUUUCUCGUCCUCAUUCUAGUGACUAUAAUUUUGGUGACUGUUAAAAGUUGUAUGUUUUGUUUUAGGAAGUGCAUGAGGAAAACUUCAAAGAAGAAAAAGGAGUAGAUGAAAGUGUGCUUUCAAAAAACUGUAUGUGCGACCGUGUGUGAAUGUGUACGUAGAGCAAGAUUAUAUAUUGCUGUUGAUCUUGAAAACAUGUUAAAAUAGCCUAACAACUGUAACAUGCCCUGAAGUCAUAUCAGGAGAAGUAAAAUGAAACAUCACCAGAUGCUCAUUGAGGGAAAACAAUGAAUGAUUUCAUGCUUACUUAAUGCUUUUGUACGGUUAUUAUGAGGGUGAAAUAGGGACAUCCUACACACAUUAUAUGUGUAUAAGGCUUAAAAUAGUGGUGACUAGGGACAGAAAGAUAGGGAAGCUCAAGGGUAGUCAAUAGCACACCUGAAUGUGAUAUGAAGACAAAAGUCUAUGGACUUUUGAUAUUUUAGUUUGCAAGCAGCAUGGGGGGGGGGGGGGGGGGGGGGGUACAAGAGAAGGCUCAAAUUAACUGUAAGGAUGGGUCAUUCAUACUCCUGUAGUAAAUAUACAUAUCCCCACCCCCUGAGCUACUUGCAAACUAAGAUGUGGUGAAACUUUAUAUAAUGUAUUUUGCUCUUUAAAAAAAAAUCAAAUCAACAAAAACAAACAAACAAACUGUUGUUCAAGAUCUAUCAUUUUAAUAAAGAAAUUUUGUUUUCCACCUCAUAAUGUUA